UUGCUCACCGGCACGAGAUUAGCGCAGUCGCGCUUCAGCGAGCUCGUCCUGAAGCCGCACAGCAGCCAUCGCUCCGGCGCAGGCCGCCGACCUGACCUCCUCCACCACCUCCAACCUCCCUGCCUCGCGCGCGCUCCCUCUCACUAACAUAUCACCAGCGAGCUACUUGGACAAUGUCCUUCACCCCGUCGCGCCCAAGGUGUUCGGCUCAAUGACGCGCCGGGCAGCGGCCUCGCUUAACAAGUCGCUCACUGGGUUCCUCGCGCACGAAGAUCCGGAGAAGCUCCUGUCGCUCUUCGCAGCCAAGGUCAGGCAGUGCAGGGGCCUUGGCUCUGUUGAUUUCGCGUGCGCCUUGCGCGAGUGCAGGGGCAGCGGCAAGCGCUGGCCGCUCGUUCCGGAGAUCCACGCGAAGGCGAUCACAUGUGGGCUCGGGGGAGACCGGAUCGCUGGCAACCUGCUGAUUGAUUUGUACGCGAAGAAAGGGCUUGUGCAGCGCGCGAGGCGUGUGUUUGAGCAGCUAUCUUCCAGGGACAAUGUUUCUUGGGUUGCAAUGUUGUCAGGGUAUGCACAGAAUGGUCUUGGACAAGAAGCUGUUGGGCUAUACCACCAGAUGCAUCGCUCCGGUGUUGUUCCCACGCCUUACGUUCUGUCUAGUGUACUCAGUGCUUGCACUAAAGCUGCGCUUUUUGAGCAAGGGCGGUUCGUUCAUGUCCAAGUUUACAAGCAAGGGUUGUGCUCUGAAACUGUUGUGGGGAAUGCGCUUAUUGCACUGUACUUGCGGUUCGGAUCUUUUAGCCUGGCGGAAAGAGUAUUUUCUGAGAUGCCGUACUGCGAUAGAGUAACGUUCAAUACACUGAUCUCGCGACAUGCUCAGUGUGGAAAUGGUGAGAGUGCUUUGGAGAUAUUUGAGGAGAUGCGCUUGUCAGGCUGGACGCCUGAUUGUGUAACCAUUGCUAGUCUCCUUGCAGCUUGUGCCUCUAUUGGGGAUCUGAAUAAGGGCAAGCAGCUCCAUUCUUAUCUGCUAAAAGCAGGCAUGUCUCCGGAUUACAUAAUUGAAGGUUCGCUUCUUGAUCUCUAUGUGAAAUGUGGUGAUAUUGUGGAAGCCCUCGAGAUCUUCAAAUCGGGUGAUAGGACAAAUGUAGUGCUAUGGAAUUUGAUGCUUGUUGCAUAUGGGCAGAUUAGUGAUCUAGCAAAAUCUUUUGACCUCUUUUAUCAAAUGGUAGCUGCAGGGGUACGCCCUAACCAAUUCACAUACCCAUGCUUGUUAAGGACUUGCACUUACGCUGGAGAAAUUAACCUUGGAGAGCAGAUUCAUUCACUAAGCAUAAAGACUGGCUUUGAGUCCGAUAUGUAUGUCAGUGGUGUACUGAUAGAUAUGUAUUCUAAAUACGGGUGGCUUGAUAAGGCUCGAAGAAUUCUUGAAAUACUUGAAGCAAAAGAUGUGGUCUCCUGGACAUCGAUGAUCGCUGGAUACGUGCAACAUGACUUUUGCAAAGAGGCCCUUGAAACAUUCAAAGAUAUGCAGCUAUUUGGAAUUUGGCCUGAUAACAUAGGGCUAGCAAGUGCUAUAAGUGCUUGUGCUGGAAUUAAAGCGAUCCGUCAGGGUCUGCAGAUUCAUUCUCGGGUUUAUGUGUCUGGUUAUUCAGCAGAUGUCUCCAUUUGGAAUGCGCUGGUAAACCUUUAUGCACGAUGUGGAAGAAGCAAAGAAGCUCUCUCUUUAUUUGAGGCAGUUGAACAUAAAGACAAGAUAACAUGGAAUGGACUGGUAUCUGGUUUUGCACAGAGUGGUCUAUAUGAAGAGGCCCUUGAGGUAUUUAUUAAGAUGUAUCAAGCAGGUGUCAAGUAUAACGUGUUCACCUUUGUAUCCUCUAUUAGUGCAUCAGCUAACCUUGCAGAUAUAAAACAAGGAAAGCAAAUACAUGCUACAGUUACUAAAACAGGUUACACCUCUGAAACUGAAGUUGCCAAUGCGUUGAUUUCACUGUAUGGGAAAUGUGGCAGCAUUGAAGAUGCCAAGAUGCAGUUCUUUGAAAUGUCUGAAAGGAACGACGUGUCAUGGAAUACUAUUAUUACAAGUUGCUCACAACAUGGACGUGGCCUAGAGGCUUUGGAUCUAUUUGAUCAAAUGAAGCAAGAAGGUCUAAAACCAAAUGAUGUGACCUUCAUAGGCGUUUUAGCUGCUUGCAGUCAUGUGGGUCUGGUAGAGGAGGGUCUUGGUUACUUUGAAUCCAUGUCUAGUGAGCAUGGAAUCCAUCCAAGGCCUGAUCAUUAUGCUUGUGUUGUAGACAUUCUUGGACGAGUUGGGCAACUUGACCGGGCAAGGAAAUUUGUUGAGGAAAUGCCUGUAUCUGCUAAUGCAAUGGUUUGGAGAACCCUUCUCAGUGCUUGUAGAGUGCACAAAAACAUCGAAAUUGGGGAGCUUGCAGCCAAGUAUCUACUGGAGUUAGAACCUCAUGAUUCAGCAUCAUAUGUCCUCCUUUCAAAUGCAUAUGCUGUUACUGGGAAAUGGGCUUACAGGGAUCACGUCAGAAAGAUGAUGAAAGACAGAGGAGUCAGAAAAGAGCCCGGCCGUAGCUGGAUUGAAGUAAAGAACGUGGUUCAUGCUUUCUUUGUUGGUGAUCGGUUGCACCCAUUGGCUCAUCAGAUUUACAAAUAUUUGGCUGACGUAGAUGACAGGUUAGCCAAAAUAGGGUACAGACAAGGGAACUAUUUUCUUUUCCAAGAAAAAGAGAAAGAACAAAAGGACCCCACUGCUUUUGUCCAUAGCGAGAAGUUAGCUGUGGCCUUUGGAUUGAUGAGUUUGCCUCCUUCUAUGCCCCUUAGAGUCAUUAAGAAUCUCCGUGUCUGCAACGAUUGCCACACUUGGAUGAAGUUUACCUCUGAAGUCAUGGGAAGAGAAAUUGUAUUGCGAGAUGUGUACAGAUUUCACCAUUUUAACAAUGGCAAUUGUUCAUGUGGAGGCUUCUGGUGAAAUGUGUUGAAGUUAAGUUCUUGAAGUGCUCCUCCUGAAGUCCCCUAUGUUUCCAUUUGUGAUCAUCAAGGUGUUACUUCAAUCUAUUCAUGUGUGGGAUACACCUCUUUGUUGGCCUGUCAUCCAGAUAUCUAAAUUUGGAAGCCAGCACAAUCAAUACCACAAAACAGGGAUCUAUAACCUUUUUUUUAAAGGUCCACUUUUCAACCCUCAACUAUUGCAGAAGUUCAUAUUUCAACCCUGAACUUUAAACUCCCCACUUGGUUUGUGCGUGAAGCAACAGUACAAGUCCCAUCUCACCGUUGAUUUCCCAGGGCAAUAUGGACUAUCUACAUUCUGUCAAAAACUGAUGGGUCCUCUCCUUGCCCAUAUGCUACCAGCCGACGACGCUGCCUUCACGUUCUCGUCCUCCCCAAGUCCAUCAAUGUCCCCGUCGCUGCGCUCGUUUGUCCAGCUUGAUCUAAUUCAUGACUUUAUCCAUGAUGACGCCCCCUAUUAGCUGCUGCGGUUGAAAUGCAACAUAUAUAACUGACGACAACCACGGCGCCGCCAUCGCAGUAGCAGCUGUUUCCGUUGCGGGACUCGGCCCAACCACAAAGAAUGCAGAGCACCUGCAGUAUGUGGAAGCCAGCUGGAGAUGUACAUCCGAUAGAAGGUUUCUCCCGCCCCAUCACGCUGUCGCCACCGCAUCGACUCCGCUCGGACGCCCGACCAUGACGAGCUUCAUAUCUUUCUCCUCGUGUUUGUCAUCGGCAGCCGAAUGAGCUAUUCCGAUGAGCCUCCCCACCGCACUAUACGCCAGACCAGUUUGUUCCCCGCCGCAUCGAUGAGUCUGACUGGCCCAAAGCCUCAAACACUCGCCGAAUUGGACCUCAGGCCUCCUUGCUGGGCUGCCAGCCCGUCUGGGCGGAUACUCCUGCCUCCACCGGAGAAGCUGGCAACUGGCAUCGAUGUGGAGAAGUUGGCAUCUAGGAGUUGAGGAAGUCAGGUGAGUUCCCAAUGGGGCCUUUGUUCUUAGCUCGCCAUUUGAAGAAGUCUUGAGUUAGCUAAUUUUCCAUUUGACCACGAAGUCAAUUUUCUGUGUGAGUUGUGCAUAUCUUGUUUAAAAUAUGAAUAUCAUGGAUGAAUCCAUGAGCUCAUGGAUGAAUAGGAGUGGCAGAUGCAGCUUAAAUCUGGAAUUAGCAAUUUUGAACAAAAUUCUGAAAGAAUUUCAAGGUCACACACAAGAAGAUUGUGUAAACCAAGAACACAUAUUAAGAAUGGCGUGCUGAUAGAAUGGCCAGUAAGGCGAAUGUUCAUACAAAAACAUUUGUAAACUGUAUGAGUUCCUUACUCAAGAAAUCUCCAGUAACAUGACAAGUGAAGACAACUUUUGAGCCGAGUACCUCCUAGAAGAUGAACCAUAGCCUAUACACUUGACCUUCUAGCUGCUACCACAGAUUUCUUCAGGAAAGUACUCUCCAUCGAAGCCACAUUUUCACUUUGCAACUUCAGCUAUGACACAUGCACAUUUAUAGAAAACAAAUUGCGAAUAUGAUUCUGCCCACAACAGGCAGGGAAUGAUACAUAUAAUCUCUCCCUUUUUUGAGGAUCAACUAAUCCACAAUAGGUACUACGAACAACACAAGUAGCUGGUAGCUAGCAGUGUGUAAAUGUUUAAAUGUGCAUAGUACUACUCGAUGAGCUGACUUCCAUUGACACGGAAGGUGCUGGUAUAAUUUCCGAUUGAUGUUCCAUCUUAUUUUUGUCCAGAAGUUCUCGUGCUUUACUCACUAGGGAAGCGAGAGUGCCAAAUUCCUUCAUUGCAAGACGAUCAGCACUAGCAAAAAUCAUGAAACCCUCAAGUGCUGACAUAUUAUCUGAAGCAUUAGACAGAGAUAGUAUCAAGCUGUCAAACCUGUCCUGUCCAGAUUUUUUUUGACGUACCAGCCUCCAUGCUGCAUCAUUGAUAUUACCAUCUUGCUGAUAAUCUUCAUUAUCAUCAGGCAAUUGGCUGUGGGCUCACGGUUUAUUUCAACCAUCUCCCUGAGCUUCCCAACAAAGCUAAAUGCGGCAUCUUCUGAGACAAUUGCCUUAACCAGCGGAGUUAAAUCAUGACCUUUGUCACUGAUCAAUCUAUCAAAUAUUGCCGCACAAAGAGAUAAUAAAGCUGCGUGCAAUUUCCUGUCCACAGAUUCCUCAUCCUUUUCCUGAAGAGAGGAAAUGAUUUCGUCCGGACCAUUGUCUUGUGAUGAAACACAACUCUCAUGGCCAUCUUCUAAGUCAGCUCCUGGUGGCUGAUACUUGUCUUUAUCUGUUUCAUUUCUUGCUUGUACUUCCUUCCUUGUUGAUCCAUGAGGAAGUAUUUGAAUGAGAACCUGCAAUGGCAAGAGCAUGUUUAAUUUGACCAGGGUACAAAGCUAUUUAGAUGAGAAGAAACGGUAAUAAUUCAAGUGAGAGAACAAGAAAACAAAAUAAAGUUCACCUUUGGCGUGACAUCUUUCAUGGCUUUCAUGAGUUCCUUGAAACAAUCUUCAUUCUCUUUGUAAUGCAUACAAAGAUGUUUCAGGGUUUCAGCUGCAGUUAUUCUGUAUGUGUUGUGGUCAGCCUUAAAGAGCAUCCUACUUAGAUCAUCGACAACACCACCAUUAGAAGAUGGUAGCAUAUUUUUCGCUUAGCAUCGCCAGUGCUUCCCCUGCCAAUUUUCUGAUGGAGCUAUCUUGGGUUUCAGAAUCAGAAGUGAAGAUGCGAGCCAUUGUCUCGAUGAAUUUUCCUCGGCUUUUGGUGCCCACUCCUGGAGCUGCAUCCAUGAGUAGUUUUGUGAGAAUUUUGAUGACUAGUAUGUAUAACUUGUGUUUACGACAGAUUUUACAGUGCAGAAUCCGCUCCAUGCUACUGAUCACUUCCGUGUUUCCGUGGAUUUGGUUACGGAGAUUCUCGCCGGUGCUUCCGGGAGAAGUCACGAUGCGGCACAUGACUUGCAGUGAUGCUGCAGCUACACCAAACCGUUCGUCAUGAUCAAUGAGGUGGAGCAUAUCAGAGCUUAUGGGGGCCAUGACCUUGAAGAGAAGGCUCUGGUCUUCGCAUAUGAGACAGCAGUUAUGUUUGUCAGCAGCGAGGCUGUCAAGGAUAACAAGGCCUUGCUUCAUGAGCGACUUGAAUUCACCGGAAGGGGCACUGUCAUCGUCAGGCUGUCGCUGAGAGGUUUCGAGCAGUGAAGAUAUACACAGUAUGCCUUGUGGAAACCGCUUCAAAUGGAUCUCUCCAGCAAGCUUCACCACUAUCCUGGCAGCGAGCUCCAUGAUCUCCUUGUCUUGUCGGCUUCUUGAAUCGAGCGCCUGCAGCAGUUUCUCAACUAUCUGGCUGCAGGAUGCCGACCCAAUGAGCUGUGCAAUCAUCGAGUGCUGCUCCUUGAGAGCUGACUGUGCCAAGAGUGCGUCCAAAAUCCUUACCCCGGAGAGGUAGCUGCCAGAUGAUUCAGACUUCAUCAAAUCCACAGCGUACGUGACCAGGUUCCUUUCCUUUACAAAUGAUGGGUCCUUGGCGCACCCAUUUCUGGUCUGACACAGAAUAUGAGAAGAACCUGUAGCAGAAGAGCACACCCUGGAACAGAGCCAGUGAGUAAAAGACAUUCAGAGCAGGCUGCAGGUUUGCACGUCCAUCCACCUCGCCGUAAUCGCGCCGUAUCAGGCGCCACAGAGAUAUCCCGCCGGUGAUCACCAACCCACACAAGUAAAGCGCUGCUAAAGGGCACAGUAUAACUGCGAACACCAGCUGCUGAAUGAACAAUAUGGUAAUCGCUACCAGUAGGCGUGCCAUGGAGGGAUCCUUGUUAUCGGCAUUUCUCCUUUUCCUGAUGUGCCAUCGCCUGUCGAUCACCGUGGCAUAUAUAACACGCAGGAAGCCGAAGUACGAUCUCCUGAUAUACUUUAACUUCUUGUUCAAAGAUACAUCGAAGACCCUGCAGGUCAGAGUUCCCAGUUAGACCAUGUGUUAUGGCGCUGCUAUAAGGAGGGGGCGAGAGGGCUGGCCGGGGACCUUUUGCCCACGGCCAGGCAAGAUGAAAGGGAUUUUCUUCUUAAUUCUUGCUUGAUUAGAUUGAUACAUCUCCUCUCUUUAUAUAGAGAGGUUUACUUGACUCCUAAGCAAGGCUUACUUGACCCCUAAGCAAGCAACCCUUAUCUCUAAUUAAUCCUAAGACUAACGGGCUAUACUGCCAGCCCAGGUCCAUUACGUACUCUAACGCUACACCCCACCUGGAUAUGCAGCUUGUCCUCGAGCUGCAGCCUAACCAACUUAUAACCAUGACUCGACGCAACACAAACCUAACACUUAAAAGCAAGCCUUUUACAUCUCGGCUUGUUUUAUUACUCUCAACCUGAAAUGGACUGAGACGCUUUAUUUUGGACCCCUUAACAAAAAGUGGACACCAUCCGCACGUCGGACGUGCACGUGUACAGCCACCUGGAUCCC